AUGGGAAUACAAAGAGAUGCGAGGCAUUUCCAAGGAGUUGGUAGAACAUCGGUUGCCAAUCAAAUAAAGCUCAAGCUUCACAAGCAACCUUCUAGAAGGAUGUCAAAUGAAGUGGCCUUAGUGGUAAAAGAUGAGCUGGAUAGGCUUCUCAAAAUUUUCAUAGCAGCAGAAGAUACACCCAAAACUACAUUCCUAUGUCCAUGCACCCUUGGAGCUUUUGAAUGUGUGGUAAUACCAUUUGGCCUAAAGAACGUAGGAGUUAAAUAUCAAAAAGCCAUGAAUUCAAUCUUCCAAGACAUGUUGGGUCGUACCAUGGAAAUUUAUAUUAGGGAUACGGUGACCCCGAUUGAAGCAAGAAAUUUGUUAGGAUUUUUGAUUCAUCAGCGAGGCAUUGAGGCGGUGAAGGGGCAUGCGCUUGCAGACUUUCUUGCUAAUUAUCCUUGCCUAACUAUUGAAGAAAUAAAGUCUGCAGAGCUAAGGACAUUCUUUAUGUCCUAUACUCCUUGGACGCUUCUGUUUUAUGGUUUCAUAACAAACUUCAUUUAA